AUGGGUACCAUCGCUCUUCUCCGGUUCUGCUCCUGGGCAACAGUGGCGGAGCUCCUGACCACGUUUUCCUUCAUAUUCGGGGGUUGCUGCAGCAAUGCCCUGACUCUAGAAGUCAUCACCUCCCAGUAUCCGCCAGCAGGGACGCUCAUUACGUUCGCCCAAUUUCUGUUUGUGGCGCUGGUCGGAUUGCGGAAGCAACUUAUUCUUCUUCCGAUGCGCGUCGCUCGGCAAGAUGCUCUUCGACGCGUUGCUAAUAUGUCUUUUGACGCGCAAGCCAAAGCGAUCUCCAUAUAUUGUCCAGAUGAUCGCCUCUCGCGAGCAUUUGCACAGGAUCUCGCCCCCUUGGUAGAAGGCACACUUGCUCACUUCGGACAUGAAGUCCAGCCGGGAAAUGGCAACGGAGAUCCAUUCGUUCGAAUGAAAAAGGAGCCUUUACAAAUUAUUUGUGACCCUACCGAACAGAGCAAUCCGUCUAACUCCUUCAAGGUUCUCUUGCAAAUGGACCCUGUCGUCUCGAAUAAAAUGGACACAGUGCUAGACGUCUCCGUUCCCGAUCAACCCUCCUUGCUGUAUCCUCGUGCGGCUAGAAUUUCACUCAAUCCAUUUCAAUAUCGCUUGAAGCAUAGACACAUCCCUCUUUCACGAUAUGCUGUCCAAGUGUUGCUUUUUCUUUUGAUCAGCCUUCUUAACAAUGCUGCAUUCGCAUAUCGCGUCCCGAUGGCAGUACACAUCAUCUUCCGAAGUGGCGGCCUCGUGGUGAACAUGCUCAUGGGAUGGGCCUUCGAGAAGCGACGGUACUCAAGGGUCCAGGUUGCCUCGGUCUUUCUUGUAACCUUCGGAGUAGCUCUCACAACUCUAUCCGCAACCCAAUCCAAGUCCCAUGCAUCGCCGAAGGCAGAAGUCUCUGCUCAUGCUUAUUCCAAUCUAGAAAUAGAAUCAACCUCGUAUAGGCAGUAUGCAAUUGGGAUCGCUAUUCUUACUUUAGCGCUCGUAUUAUCAGGCGCGCUUGGGCUUUCACAAGACCGUACAUUUGAGCGGUACGGCCGCGGUCACUGGGAAGAGGCAAUGUUCUACCUUCACGCCCUCGCCUUGCCCCUCUUCGGCUUCACAUGGCGCGAUCUCGUCUCACAGGUCCGCACAGCCAAUGCCGGGCGGCAACUUGCACUCCCAUUCUCUUCUGCAAGUGACUCAGAUGCUCACCACCUAUCACCCCUUCCUUACCUCCCGAUCCGUCCUCCGUCGCUACGCAUACCGGCAUUCUACGUGCCGCUUUUCCUAAACGUCCUCACGCAGCUCUUCUGCGUCGCCGGCGUAAAUCGGCUCACCUCUCACAUGAACAGCUUAACAGUAUCUCUCGUACUCGUCGUGCGAAAGGCUACUUCACUUGCGGUUAGCGUGCUGCUCCUCGGUGGCUCUCGCGGGAAUGUGUACCUUUGGUCUGGAGCGGCUGCUGUCCUUGUCGGGACGAUUGGGUAUACGUUGGCGAGUCAAUCUGCGCCGAAGAAGAAGAGGGAGUAACUUCUUUUGACUUGGAGUUCUGCGGAUUCUAGCGUUCUGUGGAACUUUAUGUUCUCGGAUGUCUGGUUAUUGAACGCCGAUUGUUUCGAGGUGACUAUAGCAGGUUGAGCUUAUUCACGAUUCACGAAGCCACAGACUUUCUGUCGUUUUAUUUUAUCCCCACUGUAUUGCACUAUCGUAAGAGAUUUAGAUGCGAAUUCGUUCGGGUUCUCCGGUGGCAACUUUUUCCUCUUGGUCAUGUAGAGUAG